AAACAUCAUAAUUUAGAACAAACAGGAAGAAGACAUAGGCUAAGAUAUAAGGUAAAAAGAAGUAAUAGAAAACUGAAAAAAUACGAAAACUUUAAUAAAUGGUAAUAUUAUUGAUAUUAUGAACUCAUUCAAAUCUUUAAUCUUUCUGAAUAAAUUAUAAACGUAACGUGAUGAAAACGCUAUAAGAAACACAUAGAGGGAUCAGACUUCGACAGAACACCGGAUAUCUUCUCUAAUUAUUUUCUAUUCAAAUAAUUAAAAGAUUUUCAGAUGAUUUCAUCACUCCAGUCUGUCCGGUUGAGGGCUUUUAUUGCAAUCAUAAACACCUACGUUUAUCUUCAAAUGGUGUCUUCGACGACGGUAUACUACAAAAAUGAAGGUCCUCUAUUUUGGCAUUCCUACUCUGACACUCAACAGCACAACAAAACAUUUUCUAGUGAGUUAUAUUGUUCGUUUCACUCGUGUCUCAUUCAUUUCCACUGUUUUUCUGUCACCACAUGCGCGCGUGACGUAACUGUGACGUCGACUCGCAAAAGGUCUAUUCUGCAGGACACCGGCCCUUCAGGACCGAAGUUGCCCAUCCCUGCCCUACAUGAUCUGUCAGUGUUAUCUCAAAAAAUUAUUAACAAAUAUGCAAGAAAAGGUGGCACUGAAGUUAUAAAGAAGUCUAAGGGUUGUACAGUGAAUGAGAACUGUGUAAGUGGAUCUGUUAACAACGGAGAUUUCAGGACAGUUACAUCUAUAAAGUGCUGUAACACGGACCUUUGUAAUAGCAAAGAUGCCCCAGUUCCCUCUAACAGCCCCAAUGGAAAACAAUGUUACUACUGCGAUGCGCAGGGUUGCUUCAACAAAUUAAACUGUUUAGGAGAUGAAGACUACUGCUUUAAUCUUACAGAAACUGGUGAGUCUGUGACUGUUAAAGGAUGCGGCUCUAAAUCUUUCUGUGAUGCCGCACAAGAGAAGAAUCACAAGAACUUCUCAUGCUGUCAGGGGAAUCUGUGUAACGGUGCUAAGAGCGUGACACAGAACCUCCUCUUUCUCUUAUGGCCGCUCUUCUUCUUCAUCGUGAUGCACUGAAUUCAGCAAAACUUCACUCUUUACAGCAGAAAUGAGAGAUAUUGUGGUGGGAUUAGUGAAAUAAAAAAAGAGUAUGUUUUAUAUUAUUUAUGCAGCAGCAACAGCAGUAUGUCACAUAUUUUGGAUAAAGAAUAGCGUUUUAUUAUAGCUCAAUUUUCAUUGUAUUUAUUUUUUAGAAAAAAAAUAAUGCAACUAAAGACAAAACAUGAAAUAAAAUGUCAGACACCACUACACACUUGUUUCAAUUUUUUCAAUAAGCCUUUACAUUUGACAAUGAUAUUGUAAUGAACAAAGUUUCUAAACGAAGUUAACAAACUGUAAUUAUUGAUAUUAGAAUGUUCACACCAAAGGAACUGAGAACGAUUUUAUUAUUAGAACCCCCCCCCCCCCCUUCAGGGACUAAAUUAGAAUUGACCAAGAUAUUACCUGAUGUAUUAUGUUUUCUGUCAAAUGUUUUCAACAGUGUUUUAAAAAUUCUGUUUAAAGUA